GGUCUCAAGUAGGAGGCCUCCCCCCCCCCCCCCCCCCUAGCCCCCCACCCCCCCCGGCUUAAGCAGCUACCAUGUCUGAGGUCCCCGGCGCGGCGUUGUCCCAGGCGGGUUGGUAUCUUUCAGAUGAAGGCAUUGAAGCUUGCACAAGUUCUCCUGACAAAGUCAAUGUAAAUGACAUCAUCCUGAUUGCUCUCAAUACAGACUUAAGAACAAUUGGCAAGAAAUUCCUCCCCAGUGACAUCAAUGGUGGAAAGGUAGAAAAGCUUGAAGGUCCAUGUGUUUUGCAAAUUCAAAAAAUUCGCAAUGUUGCUGCACCGAAGGACAAUGAAGAAUCUCAGGCUGCACCAAGAAUGCUGCGUUUGCAGAUGACUGAUGGGCAUAUAAGUUGCACAGCUGUGGAAUUUAGUUAUAUGUCAAAAAUAAGCCUGAACACACCACCUGGAACUAAAGUGAAGCUCUCAGGCAUUGUGGAUAUAAAAAAUGGAUUCCUGCUCUUGAAUGACUCUAACACCACAGUUCUUGGUGGUGAAGUAGAACACCUUAUUGAGAAAUGGGAGUUACAAAGAAGCUUGUCAAAACACAGUAGAAGUAAUAUUGGGACUGAAGGUGGACCACCUCCUUUUGUGCCUUUUGGACAGAAGUGCAUAUCUCACGUCCAAGUGGAUAGUAGAGAACUUGACCGAAGAAAGACAUUGCAAGUUACAAUGCCUGUCAAACCGACAAAUGAUAAUGAUGAAUUUGAAAAGCAAAGAACUGCUGCUAUUGCGGAAGUUGCAAAGAGCAAAGAAACCAAGACAUUUGGAGGAGGUGGUGGUGGUGCUAGAAGUAAUCUCAACAUGAGUUCUGCUGGUAACCGAAAUAGAGAAAUUUUACAAAAGGAAAAGUCAACCAAAUCUGAGGGGAAACAUGAAGGUGUCUAUAGAGAACUGGUUGAUGAGAAGGCUCUGAAACACAUAACAGAAAUGGGCUUCAGUAAAGAAGCAUCGAGGCAAGCUCUUAUGGAUCAUGGCAACAACUUAGAAGCAGCACUGAAUGUACUUCUUAACAGCAAUAAACACAAACCUGUUACAGGACCACCUCUGAGAGGUAAAGGAAAAGGAAGGGGGAGAAUAAGAUCUGAAGAAGAAGAGGAACUGGGAAAUGCAAGACCUUCAGCACCAAGCACAUUAUUUGAUUUCCUGGAGUCUAAAAUGGGGACAUUGAGUGUGGAAGAACCUAAAUCACAGCCGCAGCAGCUUCAUCAGGGGCAACACAGAUUGUCAAAUACUGAGCAAAAUGGAAUAAAAGAUAAUAAUCAACCAAGAUAUGUUCCUCGAAAUGAUACCAGACAGCCAAGAAAUGAGAAACCUCCUCGUUUUCAAAGAGACACCCAAAAUUCAAAGUCAAUUUUAGAAGGCAGUGGAUUACCUAGAAACAGAGGUUCUGAAAGACCAAGUACUUCUUCGGGAUCUGACGUGUGGGCUGAAGAGAGAAUCAAGUGUGAUAGACUCUAUUCUAGAUAUGACAGAACUAAAGAUACUUCAUACCCUUUAAGUUCUCAGCACAAUGAUGGUGCUUUUAAAAAAAGGGAUAACUCUAUGCAAAGCAGAUCAGGAAAAGGUCCGUCCUAUGCAGAGGCAAAAGAAAAUCCACUUCCUCAAGAAUCCACUGAUUAUAAUAAUCAAAAACGUGGGAAAAGAGAAAACCAAACAACAAAUCCUGAUCAUUUUUACGACAGGAAACCACGAACAAUAAAUAAUGAAACUUUCAGUGGUGUAAAAAUUGAAAAACAUUUUAACAUAAAUACUGAUUUCCAGAAUCCUGUCCGAACUAAUAGUUUCAUUGGUGUUCCGAAUGGAGAGACAGACAUGCCCCUAAAGGGCAGGCGAGUAGGACCUAUUAAGCCAGCAGGACCCAUCACAGCUACACCCUAUGAUGAUAAAGUAUUUUACAAUAGUGGGCCCAAAAGAAGAUCUGGGCCAAUUAAACCAGAAAAAAUACUAGAAUCAUCUAUUCCUAUGGAGUAUGCAAAAUUGUGGAAACCUGGAGAUGAAUGUUUUGCACUUUAUUGGGAAGACAACAAGUUUUACCGAGCAGAAGUUGAAGCUCUCCAUUCUUCAGGUAUGACAGCGGUUGUUAAAUUCAUUGAUUAUGGAAACUAUGAAGAGGUGCUACUAAGCAACAUCAGGCCCAUUCAGACAGAGGCAUGGGAGGAAGAAGGCACCUAUGACCAAACCCUUGAGUUCCGUAGAGGAGGUGAUGGCCAGCCAAGAAGAUCCACUCGGCCCACGCAGCAGUUUUACCAACCUCCCCGGGCCCGGAACUAAUAUGAGAAGAGCCUUUGUGAAGAAAGGAGCCAUUGACUGAAAUCCUGGUCAAGACCUGUUGAUAGACCUCCUACUUUCCCUUCAGAAUAAGGUGCAGCCGUGAUGAAUAUUAUUAUUGAAGAAUGGAAAAGCAGAUUUUAGAGGGGAAACAAUCCAGCUCAUACAAAGAAUGGGAAAAAAUACUAAGUUAACUAGAGCAAGUACCUUUUACAAGUGAAUGAGAAUUUUUUCUUCUGCCAUCAAUAAAACCAAUGCGCUGUUAUAUACAUUGUUUUA